GCUAGUGAUUGGUCCUAAACCCGUAUCCGGUGGGGCAGCGGUCCAAGGAUUUGGAAAGUCGAAGGGAGAAAUUUGUUACGCUUGUGGAAAUAACAUCCAAAACCGAGUCAGUGACGAAGGGCUCGGUAAGAAUUCGCGGGUUCUUUUCAAAGGUCAGAUUUGUUUACCAGGUCGUAGCGGAGCAGGAGCACAUCGUGAUGGCGUCGAGCAGUACGAGCAGUGAGGAGGAGAGGAGUCUGAGGGAGUGUGAGCUCUACGUGCAGAAACACAACAUCCAGCAGUUGCUGAAGGACUGCAUCGUCCAGCUGUGUACCUCCAGGCCUGACAGACCCAUGGCAUUCCUCAGAGAGUACUUUGAGAGGCUGGAGAAGGAGGAGGCCAAGCAGAUCCUAAACCAGCAGAAGGCCAGCAGCCGUUCUGACUCCAGGGAUGAGGAGGUGUCUCCUCCCAUGAACCCCGUUGUCAAGGGUCGCCGGCGGAGAGGAGCCAUCAGCGCUGAGGUCUACACAGAGGAGGACGCUGCAUCCUAUGUCAGAAAGGUCAUUCCUAAAGACUACAAAACAAUGGCUGCCCUGGCUAAAGCUAUCGAAAAGAAUGUGCUUUUCUCUCACUUGGAUGACAACGAGAGGAGUGACAUAUUUGAUGCCAUGUUUUCAGUUACCUACAUCGCUGGAGAGACUAUCAUUAUGCAAGGUGAUGAGGGGGAUAAUUUCUACGUCAUCGACCAAGGAGAGACGGAUGUGUAUGUCAACAAUGAGUGGGUGACCAAUAUCGGGGAGGGGGGCAGCUUUGGAGAGUUGGCCCUGAUCUACGGGACCCCCAGGGCUGCCACCGUCCGAGCCAAGACCAACGUCAAACUGUGGGGCAUCGACAGAGACAGCUACAGGAGGAUACUCAUGGGCAGCACUUUGAGGAAGAGGAAGAUGUACGAGGAGUUCCUCAGCAAAGUCUCCAUCUUAGAGUCUCUGGACAAAUGGGAGCGUCUGACGGUGGCUGACUCUCUGGAGCCGGUGCAGUUUGAUGACGGACAGAAGAUCGUGGUGCAGGGAGAGCCUGGCGACGAGUUCUUCAUCAUACUGGAGGGUUCUGCAGCUGUGUUGCAGCGUCGCUCUGAGAACGAGGAGUUUGUGGAAGUUGGGAGGUUACAACCGUCUGACUACUUUGGUGAGAUUGCCCUGCUGAUGAACCGUCCCCGUGCUGCCACUGUGGUCGCCCGCGGUCCUCUGAAGUGUGUGAAGCUGGACCGACCGCGGUUUGAGCGUGUCCUGGGACCCUGCUCGGACAUUCUCAAACGCAACAUCCAACAGUACAACAGCUUCGUGUCACUGUCUGUCUGAGGGGUUUCCCCACCUCCUGUACCCCCUAAUCCCCUUUGUAACCCCAGAACACCUCCUGUACCCCCUAAUCCCCUUUGUAAACCCAGAACACCCCCUGUACCCCCUAAUCCCCUUUGUAAACCCAGAACACCCCCUGUACCCCCUAAUCCCCUUUGUAACCCCAGAACACCCCCUGUACCCCACCCCCUAAUCCCCGAUGUAACCCCAUUACACACCCACUCCCUGUACCCUCUAAUCCCCACCCCCUAAUCCCCAAUGUAACCCCAUAACACACCCCUCUCCCUGUACCCCCCACCCUCUAAUCCCCUUUGUAACACCAUAACACACCCCACCCCCUAAUCCCCUAUGUAACACCAUAACACAUCCCCUACCCCUGUACCCACCCCCUAAUCCCGGAUGUAACCACAUAACGCCUCCCCUACCCCUGUACCCACCCCCUAAUCCCGGAUGUAACCACAUAACGCAUCCCCUAUCCCUGUACCCACCCCCUAAUCCCGGAUGUAACCACAUAACGCAUCCCCUACCCCUGUACCCACCCCCUAAUCCCGGAUGUAACCACAUAACGCAUCCCCUACCCCUGUACCCACCCCCUAAUCCCGGAUGUAACCACAUAACGCCUCCCCUACCCCUGUACCCACCCCCUAAUCCCGGAUGUAACCACAUAACGCAUCCCCUAUCCCUGUACCCACCCCCUAAUCCCGGAUGUAACCACAUAACGCCUCCCCUACCCCUGUACCCACCCCCUAAUCCCCUAUGUAACCCCAUAACACAUCCCCUACCCCUGUACCCACCCCCUAAUCCCCUAUGUAACCCCAUAACACAUCCCCUACCCCUGUACCCACCCCCUAAUCCCCUAUGUAACCCCAUAACACAUCCCCUACCCCUGUUCCCACCCCCUAAUCCCGGAUGUAACCCCAUAACACAUCCCCUACCCCUGUUCCCACCCCCUAAUCCCGGAUGUAACCCCAUAACACAUCCCCUACCCCUGUACCCACCCCCUAAUCCCGGAUGUAACCCCAUAACACAUCCCCUACCCCUGUACCCACCCCCUAAUCCCGGAUGUAACCCCAUAACACAUCCCCUACCCCUGUACCCACCCCCUAAUCCCGGAUGUAACCCCAUAACACAUCCCCUACCCCUGUACCCACCCCCUAAUCCCGGAUGUAACCCCAUAACACAUCCCCUACCCCUGUACCCACCCCCUAAUCCCGGAUGUAACCCCAUAACACAUCCCCUACCCCUGUACCCACCCCCUAAUCCCGGAUGUAACCCCAUAACACAUCCCCUACCCCUGCACCCACCCCCUAAUCCCGGAUGUAACCCCAUAACACAUCCCCUACCCCUGUACCCACCCCCUAAUCCCGGAUGUAACCCCAUAACGCCUCCUCUUUUAGAACCAGGGUCCACCAAUGCAAUUUUGCUUCAAUGUCACUUAAAAUGAUCUUCCAUUUGCUUUGACUUUUUUUUUACUCAUCUAAAUGUUACGCUACCCAUCACCUAGCUAUUAUAGUCACCUAUAGGAGCACAGUUAUGUUACAGUUUAAAUGUACCAAAUUCAUAUGGUAUGCUUUCACUGCAUUCACUGAAAUCUAGAAUUGUUUUCCUCUAGUUUAAACACGAGCAGUGAUUUAGUAGGGGAUUGGCCGAGGUUAGGACAGGCCAUUGAUAAGAUGGGACAAUCAAACGUAACAUGGUGAAGUAAGAGUCCAUGCUGAAUAUUGUUCAGAUAUUUUUAACUAGUUCGAUUCCAAUAAAAAUGUGUCAAUGUUGACAUCCUUACAAAAUAAUUCAUAAAAUUGUACUUUUUAGAAUUACAAGAAUGCUGGGAGCAUAAUGAUUGCAUCUAAUUUCUUACGUAGCUUCCAUGCAAUGAUAAUCAAUGGUUAUCCUCCAUUGUUACUGUACAUUAAAUCGCAGACAUUUUCACAUUUUCUCAUUGUUUCCAUUGAUUGGUCCAUCAAUCCAAUUCACUGUUAUUUUAUCUAGUUUGAGAGUUUGUACAACUUAAUGCAACCAGAAAGUUUUCUGUUGGACAGCUACCAAACUAGUGCUAAAUGUUAGUAAUUGUUUUGCACUACUCGGAACGCAUAGAAGAUUCUUAUUAUGUCAGAAGCAGUGGAACUCAAAACAGGAAGUAUCACCAUGUUAACACACCUCUGAUUUGUUGGUACAUUAUUGGCUACAAUAGGGGGGGAAAAGAUUAUUAAAUGGUUUUCAGUAUUCAGCAUUUUUCAGUAUACACCAAAUAACUUAAUCGCUAUGUUUUUAAACAGAAUUAUUAUUGUAGUUAUGACAAUUAAAGUUAUUGUUAUCUUUAUUGACUGAACAAACUAAUGUUAUGGCUAUGGUUUGGAAUGAUGGUAAAGUUAAGUAUGUUUAAAUGUCUUUUUGUAAAUGCUUAUUUUUCCAUAAAUUCUAUUUUAGGUGUUCAGUGCCACAGUGUAAAUAAAUGCUUAUUCUUGUCAACCGAAAAAACAGUAUGUGACAGUCAUGGGUUAACCUCUUAAAAGUAGGCGAAAGGGCUUUUAAAGUAAAUAACAUAAAUCUGAA